AUGGGCACCGCCAUGAAGGCCGUCCCUGAAUCAGACAUGGAAGACAAGUCCUCUAUGAGACACAGCACUACUAGCAGCGGCUGCGAUGAUACCUCUGGCCGCAGUUGCUACGCUGAGGAGGCCUCCAAGUUCUCUUUGGCAGGCUCCGAGACUACCCGGAUCAAUCGAUCCAAGUUUGCCCUGUUCUCGGUCAUUGUCACAGUGGCCCUGUUGUGCAGCAUUGUCACCUACAAGAUCAUACGAGACCAAGAGAACAGAGAGUACCAUGCCAAGUUUCAUAACAUUGCCAAUGAGAUUGCCGAGUUCUCGCAGCUAAGAGCAGACUACGUGGUCAACAACUUGGAGCGGUUUGGGGCUUCUCUGACAUCCUACGCUCGAGAUCAGAACAUGACCUGGCCCUUUGUGGCCUUUCCUGAUUUCCAAGUCAGGGGAAUCCUGUCCAAUAAAGAGACUGGCGCCCACACAGUGUCUAUCAAUCCUCUCGUCUACCCCAAGGAUCUCGAUAACUGGAGCACCUUUAGUGCCAACAACCAGGGGUGGAUGGCAGAAGCGCAUGUCUACGACCAUGUGGUCCACAAAGAGUUGUACGAGCUAGACUAUCACGAGACAACCUAUGUACACGACGAGACUGUACGGUGGAAUGUCACGGGCAUUACACCCUAUAUCUGGGAGUAUCAAAAGGAUCCCUAUGCUCCCCGUCAACGCGUCUCCGAGUCGGUCAUGUACGCUCCGAUUUGGCAAAGAGCACCGCCGUGUGACUAUGCCACACAAGUCAACCUGGACCUGCGAACGUAUCCGGCCUUUACCGGUUUUGUCGAUGGCAUGCUGGCGGCGGAUCAUCCGGUGAUCACAACCGUGGUGGAUGCCACUUAUCUGGAAACCAACUAUGACUUUCGAUUUGAUCCUGCAGAACAGGAAGAGCCACACAGCUACAUGCUGGAACCGGUCUAUGACACCUUGACCACCAACCGCACUGCCGUGGCGUUUCUUUCGGCGUUUCUCCGAUGGGGGACCUUCUUUACAGAUGUCCUUCCCAGCACCGAACAAGGCAUCUUUGUGGUCUUGGAGAGCAGCUGCAACCAGACGUUCACCUAUGAACUCUUUGGGCACAAACCGGUAUACCUUGGAGAAGGAAACCUACAUGACACUGGCCUUGAUAGCGACAAGUUGGAGGACACGUUUGAGUUUGCACCAGAUAUUGCCAUGGAAAAGGACAGCGGCCAUGAGUUCUGCCACUACUAUGCACACAUCUACCCAUCCACCCAAUGGCGAGAUCCUUUCUUAACUUCCAACCCUCUGAACUAUUCGAUCGCUGUCUUUGCCUGCUUCCUGGUCACGGCCUUGGGUUUUGUCAUGUAUGAUGUAUUGGUGCAGAGGCGUCAAGCCAUGGUGAUGAGGUCUGCUGCCAAGACCAAUGCCAUUGUCACUUCGCUCUUUCCCGCCAACGUGAGAGAUCGAUUACUGGAUGAUGCCGAAACUGAACUCAACAAGGCCCAACAUAGAGCCUCAUCGACGGAGGCCUUUAUGAACGAUGGAAGAAUCAAGGAAGGACCCGACGGCACGAGAAACGAGUACGCCAGCGAAUACAUUUUCGGAUCCAAACCUAUUGCCGAUCUAUUCCCAGAAACGACAAUUAUGUUUGGUGACUUGGUUGGAUUCACAGCCUGGAGCUCAACACGGGAGCCCGCUCAAGUAUUCACUCUCUUGGAGACUUUGUAUCACAGCUUUGACAAUAUUGCCAAGCGACGUCGAGUCUUCAAGGUGGAGACUGUGGGGGAUUGCUACGUAGCCGUAUGCGGACUCCCUGAUCCACGAAAAGAACACGCUACUGUAAUGGUGAAAUUCGCCACUGACUGCCUCACUAAGAUGCUCGCCUUGGUUCGCCGAAUGGAAACAUCUCUUGGACCGGACACAGGCGAUCUUUCAAUGCGCAUUGGGCUACACAGUGGACCAGUCACUGCAGGAGUCCUCCGAGGUGAUAAGGGUCGGUUCCAAUUGUUUGGGGACACCAUGAACACGGCAAGCCGCAUGGAGACAACUGGGGAACCUGGGAGGAUUCAUUGCUCCGAGGAAACAGCUGAGAUCCUUAUGUCUGCUGGUAGAUCGAAGUGGUUGACCCAGAGAGAAGAUCAAGUCAUUGCCAAGGGCAAAGGGGCCUUGACCACCUACUGGCUAAAGCUCCAAUCAGAGUCCCAUGCAACUGGCUCGAACAUGACCAACAACACACAGAGUAGCGAAGGCGUCGGGGUGGACUUGCCAGAAACCGCCGCACUUAACAAGGCUCUUCACCUUGGGGGCACCAGUGAAAGGCUCCUAGCAAAGCCAGCCUUCAACAAGAUCUCCAGCAAAGAGAAGCGUUUGGUCACGUGGAAUGUUGACAUUUUGGUCAAACUUUUGCAGCAGAUCAUGGCGCGGCGGCUAUCACUAGGGGAAGCACCUGCAAAGUUGAGCCGGCAGGUCACCACUGAAAUGACAAAGGAACCAAGGAAUGUCCUUGAUGAAGUGGAGGAUGUCCUUGCUUUGCCGCAGUUUGAUGCCCGGACUAUUCGAAAUCAGGUGGACCCCAAGUCGAUCAAGGUUCCAGAGCCAGCGGUGCAACAGCUCACUGAGAUGGUCACACAGAUUGCUCAACUUUAUCAAGACAACCCUUUUCAUUCAUUCGAACACGCCAGCCAUGUGACUAUGAGUGUCACAAAACUGAUGAGUCGUAUUGUUACCUACACCUCCAACAAUCCAGCCUCCACGACUGACACUCCAUCUGACACGGAAGUUGGCGACAUUUCCGAAAGCAGAAUUGCUGCGGAGCUGCAUGAUCACACUUUUGGGAUAACCUCCGAUCCUCUAACUCAGUUUGCAUGCAUCAUUUCUGCCUUGAUUCAUGAUGCUGACCAUCCUGGCGUUCCCAACUCCACUUUGGUGAAGGAGGAGCAUCCUCUAGCUUCCAAAUACAAGAACAAAAGUGUGGCGGAGCAGAACUCUGUCGACCUGGCGUGGAGGAUUGUAACCAACCGUGAUUUUAAGGAUCUGCAUGCCUGCAUCUACAGCAGCAUGGAUGAAUUCAACAGGUUCAGGUCAAUCGUCGUGAAUGUGGUCAUGGCAACGGACAUUAUGGAUAAGGACUUGGGUACUCAGAGAAAGGCCCGCUGGAACCGAGCCUUUGCCAAGGAGUCUGGUGAAUUGCUCUUGGAAGAGGACCCCACAGAGGCUAUCAACAGGAAAGCCACCAUUGUUCUGGAGCAUCUUAUGCAAGCUUCUGAUGUGGCUCACACAAUGCAACACUGGGUCGUCUACAAGAAAUGGAAUGAGCGUCUGUUUGAAGAGAUGUACAAGGCAUUCAGUGAAGGCCACAGUGAUAAGGAUCCCUCUGAGGGUUGGUAUCAGGGAGAACUGGGGUUCUUUGACUACUACAUCAUUCCACUUGCAAAGAAGCUUGAAACGUGUGGAGUCUUUGGAGUUUCCAGCCAUGAGUACUUGAGCUAUGCCUCUGCCAAUAGGCGAGAAUGGGCUGAGAAAGGGGAACAGAUUGUCAAAGAUUAUUUGAACCGGUACGAAAACAAGUUCGGGAACCGAGAAAGUUGGGAGGAUGAACGUUCGGUAGAUGUGUAA